AUGAGCAAUUUUACUUUCAUGUCCACGUUUCUGCUGUGGGACUUCUCAGAACGACGAGAACUACAGAUCUUAUACUUCUUUCUGUUUCUAGCAAUGUACUUAACAACUAUAAUGGGGAAUCUUCUCAUCAUUGUUGCAGUAGCCCUUGACCAUCACCUUCAUACACCAAUGUACUUUUUCCUAACAAACUUGGCCAUGGCGGACAUUGGUUCUGUUUCUGUCAUCAUACCCAAAUCUAUAUACAAUUCCAUCAUGAACAAAAGGUCCAUUUCUUAUUCUGGGUGUGUGGCUCAAGUCUUUUUCUACAGCUUCUUUGCAGCUUCAGAUAUUUUCCUUCUAACAGUAAUGGCACACGACCGUUAUGUUGCCAUUUGCAACCCAUUACAAUAUGAGGCAAUUAUGCACAGAGGAGCCUGUAUGCAGAUGGCAGUCACUAUGUGGAUUAGUGGUCUUCUUACUUCCAUGUUACACACUUGUGGCACUUUUGCAAACACCUUCUGUUCUAAUGCUGUCAGUCAGUUCUUCUGUGAAAUCCCAAAGUUACUGAAGCUCUCCUGCUCUCAAAUUUAUUUAGUUGAAGUUGCCCUUCUUCUGCUGGCCUGUAUUAUAGCAUUGGGGUGCUUUAUUUUCAUCAUUGUAACAUACAUGCAGAUCUUUUCUGCAGUGCUCAGAAUUCCUUCAGUGCAUGGUCAGAAAAAAGCCCUCUCCACUUGCCUUCCUCACGUCACUGUUGUCUCUGUACUUAUAUUCAGUGUACUCUUUGCCUAUGCAAAGCCUCCCAGUAAUGAUUCUUCUGGUCUGGACAUAGUCUUUACUAUGAUAUAUACCAUAAUUCCUCCCAUGUUGAAUCCAUUCAUUUACAGCAUGAGAAACAAAGAGAUCAAGACUGCUUUGUGGAAGCUCUUAGAUUUGGGACAUUCUUCUAAAGCUAUACUCAGGAUCCUGCUUCAAUAUGAUCUUCAGUUACAGUCUCCACCAACUCUGAUCAUCCUGGCUGCAGCUGAUGGGAGUUUCAGUCUAAAAGCAUCCGGAGUUUGCUAUCCAUGA